GCCAUCUGCUUUGGCAAGCGCUACGACCACAAUGACCAAGAGCUGCUCAAUAUAGUGAAUUUAAGUCAUGAGUUCAGCGACGUGGCUGCUUCUGGCAACCUCGCUGACUUCAUCCCCAUGCUUCAGUAUCUUCCCAGCCGCACCAUGAGUUUAUUUAAAGAUUUCAACAAGCGAUUCAUCCAUUUCCUGCAGAAGAUUGUCAAAGAGCAUUACGAGACCUUCAACAAGAACAACGUCCGAGACAUCACUGACUCCCUCAUUGAGCAAUGCCUGGAGAAAAAAGUGGACACAAAUACUGCCACACAGAUCCCUAAGCAGAAGAUCGUCAACCUUGUGAAUGACCUCUUUGGAGCAGGCUUUGACACGGUGACAACUGGCCUGUCCUGGAGCCUCAUGUAUCUUGUGACAUACCCCCACAUCCAGAAGAAGAUUCAGGAAGAACUAGACCAGACCAUCGGCUGGGAGAGAAGACCGAGGAUGUUGGACCGGAGCAUGCUGCCUUACACAGAAGCCUUUAUCCUGGAGAUGUUCAGGCACUCCUCCUUCAUACCCUUCACCAUCCCCCACAGCACGACCAGGGACACGGUGCUGAAUGGCUACUACAUCCCAAAGGAUCGCUGUGUGUUUGUCAAUCAGUGGCAAGUGAACCACGAUGAGAAACUUUGGAAGGAUCCACUGACCUUCAACCCAGAGCGUUUCCUCAAUGCUGAAAGAACCCAAGUGAACAGAGAAACUGGGGAGAAGGUGCUGGUUUUCAGUCUGGGGAAAAGGAAGUGCAUUGGAGAACCUAUCGCCAGGUGGCAGGUCUUCCUUUUCCUGUCCACCUUGCUCCAGCAGCUGGAGUUCAGUGUCUGUGAUGGCAAGAAAGUGGACAUGACACCACUUUAUGGACUGACCAUGAAGCACAGAAGAUGUGAGCACUUCCAGGUCAAACAGCGCUUCCCCAUGAAGAGCAUGAACUGAGCUUAUCCAUCACCCUGACAUCGCCAGCGGGUAAAGACCUGGGUGCCCCUGUAGCAAAGCUGGGUCUGGUAGAACCUUAUGAAGUCAUAAAAUAAACUGAAA